AGUCAGUGUCCACAACGAUUUGGCGGUACACUGUCGGCAGGCAAUAGUUUGCCCACAUUUAAUUGCAUUGUUAAGCUUUCAAACUUGAGUUCAAGUUGAGCUAAUCAAAGAAGAUUGAUUCCAAAAUGUUUUUCAGAAAGUGCAAAUUGGAAGACAAAACAUUAGCAUCACAACGUUCUAAAGAAUGUAAUCACCACGUGUUCGUAGCCGUCAUCAAAAGCUUAGUUCCCAAGUUACGAUUUGUUAUAUCUACUUUAGUAAUAUUAACGAAAUAUUGACAAGUUUAGCCGAAUGCAAUGACAAAGGUUAAAACCCUCUGGUGGUUGCCAUAAAAGUGAAAACCUUGCUCUUGUUCAUGAGUUUGAUAAGUUGUUAAGUUUUUUACAAAUCAGUGUGUUGGAUAAACAAAGUCUUAACUUUCAAGUACAUGUGGCUAUUAAGAGUUACCUCUGCUCGUAAAAAAUCCAGUGGUGAGAACAAAUACCUGAAAAAGUGAAAUAACAAGAACACAAUCUUCAGUCUUCGUGUGUCAGUCACUGUUCAGUCAAUGUGGAUCACAGUUUCCUAUUGGCCAAAAAAAACUCUUUUGGAGAAAAAUGCCACAAGAAGUGAGAGAAAAAGGGUAUGACAUGUAGCCCAAUUUUUGCCUACAUAUUCCAGGUUUGACUGGUUUUCCAUCAGGUUAACCUCUAGUGGGAUUCUUCCACCGGUCAGUGCCAAUGGAAACAAAAUGUCAAUCAUACAUAUGAUCACAUUGGUUCCGGAUAUUGUUAUUUCACCAUAUAAGAUAGGCUCUCCUUUUUAAUACCAAUAAUUAUGUAACUGUGACAUUUGGCAUUAGGAUGAAGAAAUCUGAAUCUAAGAAACAGCUAGCUGUCUAAAGUGUCUAUACCUGUACACGCGUGCUAAGUUUAUUUAUUUGGUCAUUGAGCUCUGAAUAAUCAAUUCCAUUUUGCAUAGUACCGGCCGAUAAUCCCGGCCAAAUAUUUUCUUCUAAAGCUAUCGUCCUCGGUCAAAUCCUUUUGAUCACCCUGUUCUCCUUUUAAGAAAGACAAGAAUCUAAUGUGCUUUGGUAGCUAUCCGUUAUCUGAUCCCGGGAUCCUCUUCUGUUUAAUCGGUUCCGACUCCGUUGCUUAAAACAACUCUCGACUCCCAGUGUCUUAUUGUGGACUGAAGCUUCUAGGGCAACACUGGAUUUUAUGGAACUGCGGAUUUGGUGUGUAAGAGUCUGAAACCGCUGAAACCUGUGGUAAGGCCAUGGUGACAACAAUGGCCUGUGGCUCUUGCUCCAACGAGAAUGCCUUCGAAGCCGCGUUCAUGUGGUACCGAAACAAGCAACGAGGAGGAGCACCAUCACCGAAGAGGAAAACACCAGCUGCAUGAUGAACGUUGCUCCUGGCUCGACGCCAUUCAUCAUCAUGUCGUUCAAAGGUGGUUUCCACGGCUGAACAAUUGGAGUCCUUUCAACAACCCACUCAAAGCGAUUCACAAGCUGGAUAUUCCCACUCUGGAUUGGCCCAUCGCCAGUUUCCCGCGGUACAAGUACCCACUUGAGGAAAAUAAAGCCGAGGAUCGCAAAUGCCUGGCCGAAGUGGAAGAGGAAUUUGAGCGUUUCAACAAAUCCGGCAGAUUUGUGGCUGGUGUGGUCGUCGAGCCCGUUCAAGCCGGAGGAGGUGACGUCCACACAUCGCUGGAAAUCUUCCAGUUGGGAUUGACUUUGUGGCUAGUAAAUGGAAGUCCGACAUCAAAGUCAUCUGACGAACCUACGUGGGCCGCAAGGGAGGCCAAACAAAUCAUGCUACCCAUGCACUUUCCAGGACAAUUUGCAGAUUUCAACGAUUACGUGGUUCCCAGUAUUCAAGCACCUGUGUAUACAAUCCACAACGGUCAGGUAAACACGUACAGCCAUGUCGAUCCUCCUGCGCACGUCUUCCGUCAGUAUUACGGAUUUAAUCCAUUCCACAUGGCACCUGUGGUACCAGCACAAGGCAGGAUUGGAUUUGCUGCGUUGCAGUCCAUACUUGCAAUAAUUUUUGGCGGUGGUAGCAGCAGCAGCAGCUCUUCAUCUUCACCGACUUCCUCCAGUUCUUCACCGACUUCCUCCAGUUCUUCAGCGACUAGCUCCUCCAGUUCUUCAGCGACUAGCUCAUCCAGUUCUUCAGCGACUAGCUCAUCCAGUUCUUCAGCGACUAGCUCCUCCAGUUCUUCAGCGACUAGCUCAUCCAGUUCUUCAGCGACUAGCUCCUCCAGUUCUUCAGCGACUAGCUCCUCCAGUUCUUCAGCGACUAGCUCCUCCAGUUCUCCAUCCGGCAGCAGAGUUAAUCAUGUAACAAAGACUGCCUUGUUCGUUCCGGCACCGGCCAUCGUCACUGCCACUCGACUCCCCUAUUAAAUAAUAUUUAACCAUGCCCUGAUUAUCUUUAUAACUAUUAUCAAGUUGGAUUAGUUUUUCAUGUGGUUCUCAUAAAUACAACACUCAUAUUAUGCAAA